CGCCCGCCCCCGGCGCUUCUCAAGAUGGCGGCCGACAGCGAGCCCGAGUCCGAGGUAUUUGAGCUCACCGAUUUCACUACUGCCUCGGAAUGGGAAAGGUUUAUUUCCAAGGUUGAAGAGGUCUUGAAUGACUGGAAACUGAUUGGAAACUCUUUGGAAAAGCCACUUGAAAAGGGUAUAUUUACUUCUGGCACAUGGGAAGAGAAAUCAGAUGAAAUUUUCUUUGCUGACUUCAAGUUCUCAGUCACUCAUCAUUAUCUUGUACAAGAAUCCACUGAUAAAGAAGGAAAGGAUGAAUUACUAGAAGAUGCUAUUCCACAAUCUAUGCAAGAUUUGCUGUGUAUGAACAAUGACUUUCCUCCAAGAGCACAUUGCCUAGUAAGAUGGUAUGGACUACGAGAAUUUGUGGUGAUUGCUCCUGCUGCAAACAAUGAUGCUGUACUCAGUGAAUCUAAGUGCAAUCUACUUCUGAGUUCUGUGUCUAUUGCUUUGGGAAAUACUGGCUGUCAGGUGCCACUAUUUGUGCAAAUUCAUCACAAAUGGCGAAGAACAUAUGUGGGAGAAUGUCAGGGUCCUGGUGUUCGUACUGAUUUUGAAAUGGUUCAUCUUCGAAAGGUGCCAAAUCAGUAUACUCAUUUAUCAGGUCUUCUGGAUAUCUUCAAAUCAAAGAUUGGAUGUCCUUUAACUCCGUUGCCUCCAGUUAGUAUUGCUAUUCGAUUUACCUAUGUACUUCAGGAUUGGCAGCAAUAUUUUUGGCCUCAGCAACCUCCAGAUAUAGAUGCCCUUAUUGGAGGAGAAGUUGGAGGUUUAGAAUUUGGCAAGUUACCAUUUGGUGCCUGUGAAGAUCCUAUUAGUGAACUCCAUUUAGCAACUACAUGGCCUAACCUGACUGAAGGUAUCAUUGUGGAUAAUGAUGUUUAUUCUGAUUUGGAUCCAAUUCAGGCUCCCCACUGGUCUGUUAGAGUUCGAAAAGCUGAUAAUCCUCAGUGUUUGCUAGGUGAUUUUGUCACUGAAUUUUUUAAAAUUUGCCGUCGAAAGGAAUCAACUGAUGAGAUUCUUGGACGAUCCACUUUUGAGGAAGAGGGAAAAGAAAUUGCUGAUAUAACUCAUGCUUUGUCAAAGUUGACAGAACCAGCAUCAGUUCCAAUUCAUAAAUUAUCAGUUUCAAAUAUGGUACACACGGCAAAGAAAAAAAUACGAAAACACAGAGGUGUAGAAGAGUCACCGCUGAAUAAUGAAGUCCUCAAUACUAUUCUCUUGUUCUUAUUCCCUGAUGCUGCUUCUGAAAAACCUUUAGAUGGAACAUCUGUAACAAACAACAAUCCUCCAUCAGACAAUGAAGACUAUAAUCUCUACAAUCAGUUCAAAUCUGCGCCUUCUGACAGUUUAACAUACAAAUUGGCUUUGUGUCUUUGUAUGAUCAAUUUCUACCAUGGGGGAUUGAAAGGAGUGGCACACCUCUGGCAGGAAUUUGUUCUUGAAAUGCGUUUCAGAUGGGAAAACAACUUUCUGAUUCCAGGAUUAGCAAGCGGACCCCCAGAUCUAAGAUGUUGUUUACUACAUCAGAAACUACAGAUGUUGAAUUGUUGUAUUGAAAGAAAGAAGGCACGUGAUGAGGGGAGAAAGACAAGUACUUCAGAUAAUGUGAUUAAUACAUAUCCAGGGGAUGCUGGAAAAGCUGCAGACCAUCUGGGGCCAGACAAUUUAAAAGAUACAGAAAAGGAAAAAGGAGAGGUGGGAAAGUCUUGGGAUUCUUGGAGUGACAGUGAGGAAGAAUUUUUUGAAUGCCUAAGUGACACUGAAGAACUUAAGGGAAAUGGACAAGAAAGUGGCAGGAAAGGAGGGCCUAAGGAGCUGGCAAACUUAAAGCCAGAAGGACGUCUCACUCAACAUGGGAAACUUACACUGCUACAUAAUGGAGAGCCUCUCUACAUCCCUGUAACCCAGGAACCAGCACCUAUGACAGAAGAUCUGCUAGAAGAGCAGUCGGAGGUUCUAGCUAAAUUAGGCACAUCAGCAGAAGGGGCUCACCUCCGAGCACGCAUGCAGAGUGCCUGCCUGCUCUCAGAUAUGGAAUCUUUUAAGGCAGCGAAUCCAGGUUGUCUUCUGGAAGAUUUUGUGAGGUGGUACUCACCCCGGGAUUAUAUUGAAGAGGAAGUGACUGACGAAAAGGGCAACACAGUUUUGAGAGGAGAACUGAGUGCCCGAAUGAAGAUUCCAAGCAAUAUGUGGGUAGAAGCCUGGGAAACAGCUAAGCCAAUUCCUGCUAGAAGGCAGAGGAGACUCUUUGAUGAUACACGGGAAGCAGAAAAGGUGCUGCAUUAUCUGGUAGUUCAGAAACCUGCAGACCUUGCUCGGCAUCUGUUACCUUGUGUAAUUCAUGCAGCAGUACUCAAGGUAAAGGAAGAAGAAAAUCUGGAAAACAUUUCUUCAGUUAAGAAGAUUAUAAAGCAAAUAAUAUCCCAUUCCAGUAAAGUUUUGCAUUUCCCCAAUCCAGAAGAUAAGAAGUUGGAAGAAAUCAUCCAUCAAAUUACUAAUGUGGAAGCUAUAAUUGCAAGAGCCCGUUCACUAAAAGCCAAGUUUGGAACUGAAAAAUGUGAACAAGAGGAGGAAAAGGAAGAUCUUGAAAGGUUUGUAAGUUGCCUUUUGGAGCAGCCUGAGGUGUUAGUCAUUGGUGCAGGAAGAGGGCAUGCUGGCAGGAUCAUUCACAAGCUGUUCAUGAAUGCUCAGAGGGCUGCAGCUGCAUCUCCACCAGAGGAAGAACUGAGGAGAGUGGGCUCCCCAGAAGAAAGAAGGCAGAACUCCACGUCAGACUUCCCACCCCCUGCUGGCCGGGAACUCAUUCUGCGCACUACUGUGCCCCGCCCUGCUCCAUACUCGCGAGCUCUGCCUCAGCGCAUGUACAGUGUUCUCACCAAAGAGGAUUUCAGACUUGCAGGUGCCUUUUCAUCAGAUACCUCCUUCUUCUAAUUCUACCAGGGUUACCUCAUCUGUUGUUUCAGAGGCCUUGCUGGCCCCUUCUGUAGGGGGAGAUUGUGCCAGUUAGAACCCGAAGAGGCCAUGAAGAGGGCUUGUCCGGUUGAAUGAUGGAGAAUCAUACCAGCAUCUGGAAGACUUUCCAGAACCAAGCUUGGAUUCUGUUUUAUCUUGCAGGCAGCAGAGGGGAUGGGCUUGAGCUAUUGAAAGAUUUUUUUGCCCCAAAGAGAUGACUCAAGUUUUGGGGGGAAGUGAGACACGAGAAACAAAACAAAACAAAACAAACAACAGGAGCUCUCUGUAUUCAUCCUGGUGGAACUGGUGUUCAUUUCAUUCUUUCCACGACUAGCCCUGCAUUCAUAGUCUGUGUAAACACUUGUUAUAUUUAUUAGUAUCAAGUAUGCAGAAUGCAGUAUCUGUUAACACAGUUUUCUGGAUAUUUUGGUGGUAGCCUCUAUUCCCGGAAUCUGUAUUUUUAAAAUACUAAAUGACAUUCUGUUUAUUCAAUCACCUCUUGAUCAUCUUCACUGUAACAAUUAACUUUUGAUGAGUAUUUUGAAUAUUCUAGGAGCAAAUUAGAAUCUCACAUAGUUUAUGUGUUUUUCCAUGUAACUGUGACAGAUAAAUGUAUUCCUUCUGAUAACAAUAUAUAUUAAAUAUCACUGCAAAUUAGUUUUAUAUUUAUCUUGUAAGUUUUGUUUCUCUUGUUCUUGAUUGCCAUGUAAGAUGUCAACCUGCAAAUUAUUGUUUUCUUCCUGCUGUACAGCAUGCAUUCCUUUUUUGUGGUUGCUGGCUGGAUACUGUAUUUCAUGAAGUAGUGUUGAGCACACUCUAAAAAUAUACUCUUGAUACAUAGAGAUUAUCAUGCAGUCAGUAUAAUUAGAUAUGUGCUAGUGUAAUGAAUAGAACAUUAUUUCAAUGCACUAUUUUGCUUUUGUAUUUUAGGUGAAAUGAAAAUAAUUGGUGGGGAUGUGUAGCAUCCAGCAUAACAACAUUUUUGUACUUAGGUGUUCAUCAAGAUUUACUAAGUCUGUGUUGCUGUCUCACCUCUGUUCAGUAAUGUUAAAUAUAUUUUUAGGCCUGACAUUCCCACUUUAAUCCAAAGUAAAAAAUGCUUAUACUGAAGCAUAGACCUAUGUAACUUUAAAGAAUGAAUAGAGCCAUGUAAACUUUGUGUUAUAUAUUAUUUUUUGUAAAAAACAAAAAACCCAAAAAAACUGUGUGUGUACACAUGUAUGUGUGUAUAUAUACAUAUGUAUAUUUGAACUAGGGAUGAUGAUUUCUGGUCUUCAUCUCAGAUGUUGGAUUUAGUUGUUGCUGGGAAACCAUACAGACACAGACCUGAGGACUGAGUGUUGUGCAAAGUAAGAAGGUGUGUCAUUCACGGACAGAGUUUGCUUUCUAAUGAGGAAGUUAGUAACAAAACAUUUUACAAAAAGAGGUUGGACUUUCAAAAGGUUGUGAAUUUAAUAAAAAGGAAAGUGCUGCUUUCUCUGGUUAAUUUUCUCCCCCUCCGGUGGGCAUUUUGUUACUAUAUUAGUUUUAUGCUAUCUCAGAUCUUCAUGAAUAUUUGCAGCCUGCUGAGUGUGACAAGAGUCUCAUAAACACUUUUUUGUUCCUUUUUUCAAAUGGCAAUUGUCCCAUUUUACUGUUGUUUUAGUUUUAUGUGUUUAUGUCACAGAUAUUUUUAAGUACCUGCUUUGUAUCAAAUACUGUACUAGGCAUUGAAGAAACAGAAACUGAAACACAUUCCCUCCUUUCAUUGACUUUCCCAUCAAGUAGAAAAGGUUGCCAUCAAAUGGAGUAUAGUCAGUUGUAUGAACUGGAGGUCUGUUUAUUAUUUAGAUGCAUUCAUUCAUUUAUUGACAACAGUGGUACAGGAAUCAUAGUGAGUAUAGGGUUAUGUUUUUCACUUAGGCUUUAGGGAUCAAGAAAGAUACUGGCAAGCACAAUACAGACUUAAAAAGUACAAUACAGACUUAAAAAGCACAUGCAUAUUGGGGCUUGCCUUUUUCUCUUCCUGUUGGGAACCCUAAGACUUGCAUAGAAGUCUGCUGAAGGAAGAGAAAAGAGAAAGGCAGUUUAUUUUGCAGCAAAAGUUAAUUGAUAAAGAAGGGGAUAGGAAAAAUGUUAUAGUACAGCUAGAGAAAACAGGAGGGGCAAAAACUCAGAAACAAGAAAAUGUAUCUUUAGUGAACAGCCAGAAUUUCAAUUUGGCUGCAGUAUGGUAUGGAGUGGAGAAGGACAAAAAAUGAAAAUAGUGAGGCAAAGUGGGAUGAUUGCAAGAAGCUAGGGCUUUAUCUUCAGGGCAGUAGUGAGUUGCUGAAGUUUUAAGCAGGGGAGUGAAAUGGUGGUUUUUACACCACAUUAUAGCAUGGCAAAUGGACUGGAGAGGCUAAAAAACUGUAUUGCAUGUCCUAGAUUUUAUGCUAAAUUUUAAGAUCCUUUGGAAAGUAGCAAUUACAUUGUCAAAUUUUUAAAAUCCUCCUUUGUUCUUUGUAAUGUGCUGCAAAGAGCUUGACAAAUGCUUGUGAAAAUAAGAAAUAUCCUCACUGUGGGGCCCUCCCACACCUGUACAUGCUUACAUCACUAUUAACAAUUAAGAUUUUUUCUUGAGGCUAGGAUUUUUAAGACUCUAAGCAUUUAUAUUAUAUUUCAUUCAUUAGUCCAGCAAGUGUCUUUUGGUGUCAGUUAUGUGCCAGGUACUGUUCCGGACAUAGGAGAUACAGUAGGGACCAGGACAGAUAAAAGACCCUUGUCCUCAUGGAGAUUAUAUUGAGGCACACCAAGUAGACGUUGAUGGAGGUGAGGGAGAGUGCUUUUAGAAAUGUGGUUAUAGUCCCAAUACAAUUCCCACCCCCCCAUUUUGAUCCUACUCCCUCCUCCCCGCUACCCUCCGGAAGUGUGUCUCUGGUUAAUAGUUGCUUGUUGAUUUUGAUUUUUACUUUAUUAUAAUUAGUCUUUUUCCUGGUCCCUUAUUUAGGUUUUCUAAAUCCCUGCUAUGAGUGAGACCAUCUGGUAUUUCUCUUUCUCUUUUUGGCUUAUUUUGCUGAGCAUGAUCCCUUCCAGCUCCAUCCAUGUUGCUGCAAAUUGCAUGAGGACUAUAACCAAGAUGAAAAUGCAUACAUUGUGCAAAAAUGAAAA